AUGCCUGCUGUUAGACACUUUUACGCCAGAAGCAACAAUGACAACGGUGACAUCUGGUUUGCUAGCACCAAUAAUGGAGCCAGAUGGGCGUACUUCGCCAUCAUCAUUGCUGUCAUCCUUGUCGUUAUCUUCUGCACAAUAAGAGCCAACAAAAGGCGUUUAAGAAUCGGGAAGAUUCCCCUCAGAGGUACUGCAUGGAUGACGCCACCGCUGUACUACCAGUCGCAAAACCUGUACAACCAACCCAGAGAGGGUGGGGCCUACGUGCCUCCGUACUCUGCAACCGGGAACGCCACCGAUGUUGGGUAUUAUAACAACGACGGAACGUUUGUUUCUUAUGUUACGCAGAGCAAUGACGGCCCCAAAUUCCAGCCCCCGACUGGAGCUCCCCCAGGCAGUAAUAUGCCCGUAGUUAGCGACGAAACCGGUACCGGUACCUACUCUGUGAAUCCGCAGCCCCCGCAAUCCGCACAUGUUGACCCAGACCACCGGGGAAAUGAAGAAUUUCCGUCCUACUAUGGCGGUCGUGAUUCCUACGAAUUGGGUAGUGUUGCUAGACCGGCCGGUCCCCCACCAGGACAUUCCUCCAGUAACACCGCGAGGACCGAUAUGGAUGACUUGCCUGACUAUACACGCCCGGAGCAGCCAAUGCCUGUCGUUAGAAAAAACUAA